AUGAGAAAAGGAAAAGAAGUUGGAGAAAAGGAGCAUCGUUCUAAUACGGGAAAAGAAGUUGGAGAUAAAGAGGAUGCUGCACAUGAGCCUAGAAAUGCAAGUCCUGAAUUGGUUGAGAGUGAAGACAAGGAUGAUGAUUCGGAUCAUGGGCUUGAAGAACAAGCUGCAAAUUUAGUUGAUAAAGAGGAUGAUGCAGAACAGCCCGGAAAAGAAGAUGAUGCAAAUCAGCCUGAAAAGAAAGUCAAGAGAAGCAUGAAGGCGAAAUUGAGUGAGGAAGACACACAAUUGGUCAACUAUGCGUGGACAUUGGCAGAAGCAAAUGGAGGAGCUAUGGAGGUAUUGUUCCAAGACAAAUGCAAGAUGUUAGACAACCUUAACAGGGGAUCCUUAUUUUGUCUCAAGAAGGAUUGUAAGUUAGAGGGGGAUGUCAUUGGAAACUAUUUUAGUUUCUUGAAUAAAAAAGAGAUGAUGAAAGGAAAGAUGAAAAGGUUCAUAUUCCCGGUUACAUAUGAAUUUGAGCAUGGCGUCAAGAUCACUAGACGCAAAAAGGAUCAUAGAGAAGCCCGUGUAGUGGCCGAGUAUGCAGAAGAUUUAGUAAGACAGCUCAAAUACAUGGAUUUGAAUGAUAUAGACAUGGAAAAUCCUGAAUAUUGGUUUUUCCCAGUUUAUUUGAAGAGUCACUAUGCUGCAUAUGUGAUUGAUUUCAAAGAACAGAGGUUCGGAUUUCUAAAUAGUUGUGAAAGGUUCACAUUUCAAAAAGAAGAUGAAUGGGAUAAUUGGGGGAAGUGGAAAGUGAGAUAUGGGAUGGAGUUGUUAAAUGCUAAGAGAAAUGAACCUAUAGACUUUAGUCAAUGGAGUUGGGAGGAUGUGAAAGUGCCUUUACAACAUGAUAGGAAAUCAUGCGGGCUAUUUGUUCUGACAUAUAUUGAGAAAUGGGAUAGCAAGCAAGCUGCAAUUUGGGAUUUUUUUAAGCAUUGGGAUAUGAUGACAAAGGAAGAGCAAGAUGAUUUCAUGGAGAUUCAAAGAGUAAAAGUGCUGUUAGACAUCUUGAAGCGUGAGGACAAUGAGUUGCUUCAAAACUUGACAAAGUUAGCUCUGACCUUGGCAGAAGAAGAGGCUGCAUGUGCUAUGGCGGAUGACUUGGAGAAAGAAGCCGAGAAGAACAAAAAAAAGGUGAAGACAAAGAAGUCAGCCCCUAACUUGGGUGAAGAAGAGGAAGAAUGUUCUAUGGCACAAGUCCUUGAGAAAGAAGCUGAAGAGGUUGUAGACAAGAUCGAGAAAGAAGCCGGGAAGAAGACAAAAAAACUUAGGACAAAAAGGAAAAAAACUAUAUAUUGA